AUGGCGGCUCACAGUGGAGGUAUGGGAGGUAUUGAUUGGGGAAUAAAACCCUUUUUAUCGUCCAACUACACGUCGCUUAGCCAAAGUGAUAUCACAAAUCUGGUGAAGGCUAUCAUUAAAUAUGAGUACGAUAUCAUCGAGCACGAUGAGGUGUACGAUCAGUUCUUCACGUCCAUGGUGGCCCUGGCAGCAGAUGGAAUCAGCGCUCAGUGCAAUUCGAUUUGCCACUCCCAGAUGGAUCAGGUCACCGAGGCGACGAGCAUUCUCAUCCGGUUCCUGCUGCACCGCCUGGAGAACUCGUCCACCACAGAGUGCAAGAUUCUGCUGGGUCCGCUGAAGAGUCUGUGCGAGGGCAAGAGCACUCUCAACACGCUCGACGUCACUGUGCUCAUUGCGAUGCUGAAGAACGCCAAGCAGCCGGAGACGACUAAGAGUCCUCCGCCCAACAGUGACAAAGACAGUCCCAAGUCGGAGAUGAAGAGAUCCCGCUCGGAUCUCUCGUGUGUGAUAAUGCAGCAAUUGACGACUCCCCUCACGAGUGGCACCUACACUUGGACGCCGCUCAACGAGGAGCAGAAGGAUUGCUCGCAAAUGUUCAUCAAGUCCAACAUCACUUGCCUCCAGGCUCUGAAUGCUGGCAGUGUGAUCCUGAAUGUGUGUACGUCACUCCCAAUUUUGUCUCGCUACCGCAUCAAGUACGAGGAGAGCGCUCUGCAAGGGAAGAACCUCUACUUGCCUCUCACGCACUCUGAGGCCACGAUCAUCAAAAACACCUUACCUCAGAUGUCAGCAGACAUUCUGAUUCUCUACACAGCUCUGUCUGUGCCCGUUAUUGAGCCCUUGACGCCUAACAAGAUCAUCCAAUUGUCACAGUGUGCAAUGUCAGCGCUCUAUUGUGCCGUUCUCUCAUCGAUCUAUGGCUCUGUGCUGAGUUUGCCCACCACGGGCUUCGGGAAGUCAGCGCCACAGCAGCAGCAACAACCGCCGACGCCCAGUUCAACUGGUCAGACGCAGAAAGAGGGCACAGAUGGUGAAUCUCCGGACUAUCACGCCACGCUGGUGGUGAACAAGGCGUUGGAGAUUUUCGUGAAGAUCGGCACGAUAUUCAAGAACUUGACACGCAGUCAUAUUUACCACAAUCACUUCUGCAUGGGCGCUUGGCUGCUCAUCACGGGCAUUCAGGGUGCAAUGGGUGCCUCGGGAUCUGGCGUGGCGAAGCAGCAGUAUCACCAGCAAUCGUCAGAUCAUGGACAGAAGCAGAAGUACCAGAAAUAUCCAACACAGCGACAGACUCAGCAGCAUCAAGAUGAGGAUUUGCAGCAGAUCGAUGUGGAGCCAAUGGAAAUGUUGCAAGAAGAACUGGUUCACACUGAAGACGAUCAGCUUGAAACGCCUGGAAGUGCAGUGGAUGAGAAGGGAAGAAGUCCCUCGAAGGGCACAGUGGAACAGACGCCGGCUCAAAUCCCGUCGCCACGUGUGAAUUUGUUCAAAGUGCAGCAAGGAUUUGGUGUUCUCAACGAUGCUAUUGCCACACUGUGUCUUGUGUUGCUGACUGAGUUGAUUGACGACCUGAAGGUUGAGUCUCGAUCGGGAGAUGAUGAGUUCUAUGACGGUGAACCGCCUGAAGCGGCUGGCUUCGACAUCCUGGGCCAGUACACGUCUCUGCAGCGUGUCAUCCGUGUGCUAACCAGUGCAACACUGCAGCAAAUGUUGACUUUUCUGGCCACAGUGUCGUACAGAAAGGCGUGCGCUUUGCGUCGGGCAAACACCAAAAAUCCCAACGAUGAGGAACCCAUCAGCUUCAGUGACUCCACCACGUACUUCAAUGAGACGUUCGUGUGCUCUCAGGACUCGGAAACCGAGGAGGAAGACAGUGAGAGCUAUUUAGGACUGUGGUUCAAGGAAACCCUCUCGCCGGAAGGAAAUGAGGAGCAAGCUGAGCAGCCUGCUCAGGAUGCACAGAAUGAGAAUGGUGGCGGUGUGGUGACAGCGAAGGAUGAACCACAUGAGUAUCUGGAUCUUGCUGCGCAGAUCUUCACCUUCUUGGACUCCUCCUUGGGUGCCAAUCAUCACUAUUUGUGCAGGUAUGUGAAGAGCGGCCUGAGUGAGCAGCAGAUUGUGCUCCUGGCGAACAUCCUGAAGGACUUGGACAGAGAUGCGUCGCGCAGUGAAGGGGAGAAUGGAGGCUGUGCUCGAUGGCAGGGCGCCAUGGUGAGAUUCGCCGGAUCUCUAGGACGCUAUCUGCACAAUUUGAUAUCUUCAGGCGUGCUGAAUGAGUCUCUCCAGUCAUCUCUGCUGCUGCACUUGGGCGUGUCGCCGUGGACAAAUGACACCAACUGGCCACUUCAAGUGUAUCCUCGCACGCUGGCGGUGCUCGUGCAGAUUCUCCUGCUGAAGCCGUGUCAGGAGAAGGAGGCCGCGUGCCUAUCAGUGUGGCAUCGACUGGUGAACACUCUGGUGCAGGGCGUUUGCUCUGAACAGGCGCAGCAGGGAUCGGAUUCUGACAAUGACGAUUUGAAUGUGGAACACACGCAACUCCUGCUCUUUCUUUUCCACACUCUAAAUCUCAUGCAAAAGAAGUCGAUUCUGCUGCUCACCGCGGGCGGAGUGAUUCGAUGUGCCGAAGUGUGUCGAUGCAUUACACCGGAUAAGCCGCUGAGGGACAACCAGAUCAUGCUCCUGUCGCGCUUGCUACUCUUCCUGGAGUAUCUUAUGAAGCACUUGUACAAUCCGCCGGCGAAUGUGCUGGAGCAAGUGAGGUGGAACUUGUUCAGCGUGGUGACACUGGAAUCACCACAGAAGGUGGAUGUGUUGAACAAUCGUGUGAAAUUGAUCUCGUACAGGAAGGAUAUUGAGGACAAGUACAAGAAAUUGGCCUCAGAAGUGAGUGCAUCGAGUGGAGUGAGACCCAAAUUCUACACAAUCACGCCGUGGGAGUUGAAGCUGCAGCAGGAGUUCAAGAUGGAUGGAUUGGCGUGGAAUUUCAUCCUGUGCACGCCGGAUAAGUUGAAAUAUCAUCUGCUGAUUGAUGCUUUAAUUGAUAUCCUGUCCGUGACUGACAUUUGCACGGGAAAUGUGCCCUUCCAGACAUUCUGUGCUGUUCAGUAUUGUUUCAAUUUGUCCUGGAAGCUGAUUCUGGGCAUGGCGCCGUCAACGCCACACGUUGAGGAUCUGAUCACGGACAAACCGCCCAAUUUGCACUCCCUAAUUUGGUCGAUUCGGUGCAGUCAGCCCGUUUCGCAUUCGCACUACCUGAUCGUGAAUAGCCUGGUAAAGCAGGGCAUGUAUACGCAAUUUGCAGAGAUUCUGUGGAACAAAGUGACUGAGCAUUCAGCUGAUGUGAGGAGUCGCAUCAACCAGACCAUCAUUGGACUAGACAUCUUUGCAAAGUCCUUCCAGACUUCAUCGCCUAGACUCUCCAAGAUUAUCCUGAUUGAUGCACUGCUUUCGCAUCUGUACGCUGUUUUCUGGACGGAGACCAACUCGAAGGUGAAGGUGGAGAAUAAUGCGUCCAGUGCGGCUUCCACGCCAACAAACACCGCCGUGACAACAGUCGUGAGUUCCUCUGCGGAAUCCCUGAGCGGCGCUGUUGGUGGCGUGACUGAGAGUGAUGCGGGAAAGCAUGUGUCGUGUCUGGGAAAUGUGACACGUGAAGAUUUGACAACAACACUGAGAUCGAAGUUACUGGAUGUGAUUGAUAUUUUGCUGGAUUUCCUCCACAAGACCACUGUGAAGAGUCUCUGUGGUCAGAUUCCGAUACAAUUGAUGGAAUCUCUGAUUGCCAUUACGAGUUCCAAGACGAACUACUGUGUGGAUAUAACCAAUCACUUUUUGAGCGUGCUCAGUGGACAGGACAAGGAUGUGGUGAAUAUCAUCUGGACGAUGGAAUUGACGCCAAGCAGUGAGGGAAAUUUGUCGCAGAACAUCAAUCAGCCGGUGGAAAUGCACACACUCGCUGUAAUUGAUGCACAUCUGUCGGAAGUGUCCAAGUAUUCGAUUUACUCGAUCUUAAUGUCACUGAAGCAUACGUUGAAAUCCGCUCUUAAGGUGUUUUCACACCUCUUGCCACUCAGUAAGAAUGAGCAGGCGCUCCAGAAGCGCCUCCAGAACAUGCUAAUCCCACUGAUAUUUGACAUAAGAACUUCAUAUCUCUACGACACGGCCAAUGAGUGCUUGGAGAUCCUCUUGGGUGGAAAUUACACGUCGCAAUCCUACCAAUUCUUGGCGUACUGCAAUAUUCUGAAGCACACUUAUAAGCUAGUCAUUGACUACUGCGAGAUGUCAGCCACUGUGUCGGAAAUCAAUCUGGAUGAGGCCAUUCUUCAUCAUGUCUUCAAGUUCUGGGAGUCGAUGUUGGACAAACAGAUGGGCCUCAAGGCGAUGCAUGAGUUCUUCUUUGAGUCAAAGCGCGGAAGUCUCGUGAACAUUCUCCUGUCCUUCUCCAAUACCAACAUGUCUCAGGCGUAUUCGACCAAAGUGCUGCAGUUCUUCGAGAAGCUCUUCCAGGCGUCUGAGAAGCCAGACUCGCAGUUCAAUCUGAGUCAGUUGUGUCAGUGCAUCUCGGAGUUGGGUGCGGUGGAACCGGGCAAGCUUAAGACGUGGCUGAGUCACAUUCUUCUUGGGCCAGGAGGAGCAAAUGCUGCCACAUCGAGCAACAACUCCAGCAAUGUUCAGACGCCAACGAAUGUGGCCACUGUGUCAGCUGUGGCGAAUAUCUCUGACCAGAUUGUGCAGACGUCCAGUGGUGACAAUGUGGAGGCGGUUGAGAUGGAGAUUGAGGAUGAGUGUGUGGUUGGCGCAUCCGGUGGUGGUGUGACUGGAUGGCAGCAAGGCACGAGUAUCACCACCAAUCGAUCAGAGACGCCCAAUGAGGAGUGCUUGGAGAAGAAUGGGAAGCUGUUGCAGACUCUGACCAAGUACAUUGUCAGCGAGAAUCGCAUUUCACCCAAUGUGUCCACCGUUCUGUUCAAUGCGCUCAUCCAGAUUGCGCAGAAUCUGCUCUGUCCAGCGCAGGAUGCCCUGGAGUUCACUGAAUUGCUGCAAGUGAUGGUGACUCUGGCGGAUGCGGGCCAGGGAAAGGGACACGCAGUGCUCUUCAGUGCUGCCAUUGAGUGGCUGGAGGUGUCGAAGUAUCAUGUGUUGGAGAAGUCGUUGAACAAGCUGAAUGCCAAGUCGGGCGUUGCGCUGGAGAAUGUCUCGUCAUUGCUGCAAUACAUGAGUGACUUACUGCAGGGGCUGGGAUCGACGGGCAGUCGGGCCUUCAGUCCACCAUGGGAGGAAGACAAUCCGCCUGACAUGGAUGAUUUCGUUGAUGACGUGGGAGCUGAUGAUGAAGACAGCGCCGUCGAGGACUCAGAUGAGGACAGCCUUGGAAAUAAACUCUGCACCUUCUCCAUAACACAGAAGGAGUUUAUGAAUCAGCAUUGGUAUCAUUGUCACACGUGCAAAAUGGUAGAUGGUGCUGGAGUUUGUUCAGUCUGUGCUCGUGUUUGUCACAAGAAUCACGAUAUCAGUUAUGCCAAGUAUGGUAAUUUCUUCUGUGACUGCGGAGCGAAGAAUGACGGAAGUUGCCUGGCAAUGAGUCCAAGAACCAAUGUUCAGGAGAGUUCAGCUCUCGCCUCAGUGAUGGGACAAAAUGUGACUGAUGCUGAUCAUGUCAUUCAGAGUUCACUGAGACGUCGCGUGUCGAGUCCACAGCCGCAGACAUCCAGCAAGGAUGCCUUCAGUGGUGAACGAGAUUAUCACAUGGCGAAGGUGAUUGAUGCCUGCAAGGAGGCGUUAAACAAUCAUGAUCAGUGGACGUCAGUGGUGAAGUUCGUGUUGGACUUCUUUGAGAUGAUUAUGCCGGCAAUCAAUGAGAAUUGCGCCAAGUAUUCCACUGUUGGAUGUCACUUGAGGGCGAAGAAUGCCAUUGAGCGACUCCAUCAUCCGGAGAAGACAUUCACGAUCAGUGAUCAAAUUAUGGUGUCCACGAUGGGUUCGCAAGAGGGGGCUUUUGAGAAUGUGAGGAUGAGUUACUCUGGAGAGCAAGGGCAGACAAUUCGGCAGCUGCUGUCGACAAAUCUCGUGAGACGCGUGGCGCUUUGCUGUCUGUCGUCGCCGCAUGGGAAACGCCAGCACUUGGCGGUGUCGCAUGAGAAGGGAAAAGUGACGAUUCUGCAGCUGUCGGCGCUGCUGAAGCAACCCGACGUGGCUAAGAGGAAGUUGACACUCAAUCGACUGUCUUCAGCACCAAUUCCGUGCACGGUACUAUCGCUGGCAUCCAAUCCGGCCAAUGAGGACUUCCUGGCGGUGUGUGGCUUGAAGGAGUGUCACAUUCUCACGUUCACAGGCAGUGGAUCACUCAGUGAGCACAUUGUCUUGACACCACAAUUGGAGACUGGAAAUUUCAUCAAGAGGGCCAUUUGGUUGCCGGCAUCACAGACAAAAUUGGCUCUCGUCACGGCGGACUUUGUGAAGAUCUACGAAUUGGCGGAAGACACGUACAGUCCGCAGUACUAUUUUCUCGUGCCGAGCGGAAAGAUUCGCGACUGCACGUUCGUCUAUCAGGAGGAUCAGUACUACAUGCUGCUGAUGGCGUCUUCUGGGUACAUCUAUACACAACCUCUGGCCAAUGAGAGUCUGGCGAAGCACGGACCGUUCUACGUGACAAACACACUGGAGCUGGAUCAUCCGCACAUCAAGGAUGUCAAUGGACAGAUUGGUAAUGGUGGAGUGUCCAUUUACUAUUCACACGUGCUGCAGAUGCUGUUCUUCAGCUACACGCAAGGGAGGAACUUUAUGGCACCACUGGUGGAUGUGAAUGCGGGCGUGAAGUGUGUAAUGCAUUUGCAAACUGGACCCAAUACGAAGAACUCAUCGAAAGGACCUCUUCAGCCGCUCUGUCAGUGGACAGAAAUUCCCGGGCAUCCAGGCUUAGUCUGUGCCAUGAUGCAAACGUCCAACAAUCCAGUGAUUUUCAUGUUGAAGCCUGAAUGUGUGGUGAUGCAAGAGAUCAAGGCGACGUCAUCCAAGGCGAAGAUUAUGGAUAUGGUGGCGAUUCGUCACUCUGUGUCUGGUGUGGAAAAGACAACACUGAUUUUGCUGUGUGAAGAUGGAAGCUUGAGAAUCUUCUCUGCCCAUCCCGAAGGCACUGGUUAUUGGAUGUCGCCUGAAGUGCAGCCGGUGGGAAAUCAAUUCUACUCGUCAUUUUUGCCCAAGUCCACGAGGCGCAGCAAGAGGAGCACCAACAAGAGUGCUGUGAGCACAGUGGCUGCUUCCAACAAGACGACACUGGGUCUGUCUCAACCCUCCUUCCCGAUUGACUUCUUCGAGCACUGCACGCUGAUGACAGAGGUGGAGUACGGAGGCAAUGAUCUGCUGCAGAUCUACAACACGGCACUUCUGAAGCAUCGGCUCAAUUCCACGGGACUCUACGUGAUGUCUAGCAAAGCGAAUGGCUUCACGCUGGAGGUGUACAACAAUGAUCCCAAUGUCGUGAUGACGGGCGUGAGGAUUCUCAUUGGUAGUCAGGAUCCACAGAGAGCGCCCACGGCGGUGACAAUUCACGGGCGCACAGUGACGACAAUUGUCACGCGACCGCGAUGGUUUGACUUACCGCUGACGCGUGAUGAGAGUUUGCUGAGUGACAAGAAGCUGUGCAUCUCCUUCGGGGCGUCACAGGAUCCAGAGAAUGUGUGCAUGUUGGACAGCAUUAAGAUCUAUGGCAAGACGAAGGAUGUCUUUGGGUGGCCUGAGGAGCAAGAUGAAGUGGCUGCUGUGGCCACAACGGGCACAUCCGGAGGACAGUUGUCUACCCAAGCGGCGACAUCAUCGACUGUUCAACCCGCUGCCGAUGCUGAAACCAGCUCAGUUCAAACUGUGACGACACUCGAUCGAAUGGUGUCGACGAUGCUGGAAGUGCUGGACAGUGGCAUUAGCUUGAUUGGCGGUGUGAAUGUGGAUGAGCAAAUCAAGGCGAAGGCUAUUGAAGUCUCCACAGCUCUUCUCAUCUAUCCAACGCCGACAAUUGUGCAGAAUCACGCAAAAUGCGUCCUGGCGUCACUGCACAGCAAUCGUCUGAUGUAUCAUGCGUACAAGGACAAGGAGAUCCUCACGGAGAUCAACAGGGAAUUGAACAAGAUGUCAGAUGUGCAGGAUCCCAGGAAUAUCGACCCAGAGGCAUUCUACAGGCUCGUGCUGAUGGCACGUGGAAUAGCAGUGACUCGUCCUCAGGCACUGUGGAAGAUCUGUGUAGACAACAACUUCCAGAUUCUCUCCAAGUUGAUGAAAAUGAUGAAGACACUUCAUCAAAUCACACCGACUGACGAGCAGCCGACACCGAUUGUGAAGCGUGGCCUCAGUCACACUGAAGCCAUUGUGCACUCGAUUGUUGAGAUCAUCUUUGCCUUCGCACUCACUGAUCCCGAAUAUGUGGGCCUCAUGACGAAGUUCUUCGUGGAACUUCUGCUGGACAGCAGUGUGAUUAUCAGUCAUAGUGCCAAGCAAGCUCUGAUUAAGUUGCUUCGUCCGCGUGUUAAGAGACGCAGAGUGCUUAUUGGAAGCCCACCGGGAUGCUCAACACCCACACCGUCAUCUGCUCCGCCAAUCGCACCAAUUGCGUCCACGUCCACGGCUUCUGGUGCCGCCGGAGUGGCAGGAAAUGAUGAUCUGUACGCGGCUGUGAUGCAGGAAGUUGAUGCUAUUGAAUCGUUGGGACUGGAAGGCGCUGGUGCGGCGGCAUCCGUGAAUCCUCAGGCUCUGGCAUCGCUGGAGGCACUUUUGGGAGGGAUUCCCCAGAUGAUGGACCUUCAGCAAGACGCCGAUGAUGAUGCUAUCAUGGAGAUAGCAAUUGCGCUAAGUCUGCAGGAUCACGAUGGCGAUCUGAGUGGACUUCAGCAGGGAUUGGCCAAUAUUCAGGGUCUCCGCGGCAGAACACUGCAGAGUCUGCAGGCUCUUGCGGCUGCUGGCGGCGUUGGUGGCUACAGCAACGAUCCGUCAGCCUCUGUGGGUGGUUCUGACGAUGAGGGCUCAAAUGCCGCCACCGAUGGCUCAACACUGCGCACAUCACCGGCCGAACACGCGGGCAGCGGUGGAUCUGAGAGUGGUGGCAGUGGCGUUGAGAGCAUAGGCGGGACAUCUGGGCGAAGUAGCACGUAUGGAGAUCAGCCGAAUCAAUCGCCGCCGCGCGAAGGGAAUCUCCCACCGCCGCCGCCACAGCCGACAACGAGUGUGCAGGAGAGUGUGAUUCAAGAGGAUCCCGAGGACACAGCAGAGACGGAGAAUGCAGCAAAAUUGCACGUUCUGCGCUACUCAAUUCUGGAGAAGAUGAUUGAUAACUUCUGGGGACUGGAUUGGGUGACGGGAACUCAGGCGGUGUCAUUCAUGCAAGUCAUCUUGAUGCUCACAUCUGACUUGGACGGAACCCAAGAGGCCGAUCAGAAUGUCAUGCAAAAGCUGCUGGAUGCUCUGAUUGAGAGACUGGAGAUGGUGCCAUCAACACAAGGUGUUCAAAUGACGACAAGGACGUCCAAGACGGAAGUUCAGUGGCUAAUCUUGCGCAUGUUGAGUGUAUUCAUGGGGAAGGUGAAAUCCACGACAAAAUCCUCUUCUGCGCCUUCUUCCUCGAUGGCCAGCGGAUCGAGUACAGCAGCUGUUCAGAGUGAUAAUGUGACAUUUGUGGCUUCGGCCACGGCGAAUGCUCUGAUGAAGGCCGGGACGAUUCCCUACUGUCUCGUGCUGUUGGAGUCAUUUUUGCCCUACUGGAAGACGGCGUGCGCUAAUGAGGACAUCCCAUCGAGUGGAGCCACUCUCAAUGCUCCGAUUGUGACAGUUCCCGGCGGACCGCCGAGCAACAAGAUGCUGAAGCCCACGCAAUAUGGACCGAUUCCCGACAUGCAGCCCUUCCAUGCCACUCAAGGCGGCUGUUCGGAUCCCUACGAGUCCUAUCAGACACUGAUCACGGAGAUGGCAGUGAAGCUGCCCUAUCAGAUACUGAAAUUGUCCACCGGACAUCCUUCCACGUACGAUUGGUACAGGAAUAUCUAUGAGUACAUGACUUUCAUCCUCUGCGAGUACAUGCUGUACUGGCAGACGCCAGCUCUGCGCCGACAGGUGCGAAAGCUCUUGCUGUACGUGUGUGGAAACAAGGAAAAGUAUCGCCAGAUGAGGGACAUUCAUGCCCUGGACACUCACAUGAAGGCGGUGAGGAAGUGCACGGAAGCGAGUGUGCCGCAAACGAGUGGAUCUCUCACCAUCCCAAUUCUCGACUACGACGCUCUGGUGGAGUUGACUGAACAUCUGAGGGCGUGUCAGGAGAUUGCGUCUGUGCGCACGGGUAAUUGGCAGCACUUUUGCAUCAGAAUUCACAAUGAUAUCCUGCCGUGUCUGCUGCGAAUCAGCUGUCAACAAUUGGAUGAGGGCGUGUCGCCGAUCAUCUUGCAGCUCUUGCAGUCGGCAGUGUGCAAUGCUGGUGCCAAGAAUGCCGUUGAGAGCAAGUCAAUGGUGAAGGAGAGGCGCGAUCGUGAGAAAUCGGAAGAGUCAGAAUGCACGGGCGACUCAAAGUUCGAUCCUGCUCUCUGUGCAUCACUCGUGGAUCAGAUUUUCAAUCAAGUUCCGGCUAAAUUGCUUGUGAAAUUCAUCAGGCUGUUUCUGUUGGAGACCAAUUCGACGAACUUGAGAUGGCAAGCGCAUAGUUUGAUCUAUGCUUUCUAUGAGAACAGCAAUACGACGCAGAAGGAACAAUUGCUGAAUCACCUCUGGAGUCUCUGGCCACUGCUGUCGGCGUACGGAAGGCGCACAGCUCAGUUUGUGGAUCUCAUUGGAUUCCUCACGCUCAACACCAAAUGCUCCACUGAUCGUCUGCUGCAGUACACCGAGCAGGCUGUCACUGUGCUGAGGCAGCAGAAUGAGCUGCUCUCGCGCCAUCCAAAUGCACCGAUCUACACAGCUCUGGGACAAGUGCUGGAACUGGAAGGAUUCUAUCUGGAAUCUGAGCCAUGUCUUGUGUGCAACAAUCCAGAACUGCCGAUGGCGAACAUCAAACUCUCGUCCAUCAAGAUUGACUCGAAAUUCACAACAACGACAAUUAUUGUGAAACUCGUGCAGAGUCACAUCAUCUCCAAGAUCACUCUGCGCAUUGCAGAUCUGAAGAGGACCAAGAUGGUGAGGACAAUUAAUAUCUACUACAACAAUCGCACUGUUCAGGCGGUGGUGGAGCUGAAGAAUCGCCCAGCCAUGUGGCACAAGGCGCGCAAAGUCACUCUGUCUUCUGGUCAGACGGAUGCAAAGAUUGACUUCCCACUGCCGAUCACGGCGUGCAAUCUUAUGAUUGAGUAUGCGGACUUCUACGAAACCGUGACGGGAUCGAGUGAGAGUCUUCAGUGUCCGCGAUGCAGUGCUGCGGUUCCGGCCAAUCCUGGUGUGUGCAGCAAUUGUGGCGAGAAUGUCUAUCAGUGCCACAAGUGUCGGGCGAUCAACUAUGAUGAGAAGGAUCCCUUCUUGUGCCACUCUUGCGGCUUCUGCAAGUACGCCAAGUUCGACUACACAAUCUUCGGGCGAGCGUGCUGUGCUGUUGAUCCCAUUGAGUCUGCUGAUGAUCGCGCCAAGACUGUCCAAACUAUUCAUUCGUCUCUCGAGAAGGCUGAUCGCGUGUACAGACAAUUACAGGCGAAUAAACAAUUCUUGGAGCUUCUCGUGCAGAAGAUCGCUGAACACAAGUUGGACAGGAAUUUCGAUGAUUCUGUGGUUGUGAGUCUUGUGAGUUCUUCUCAAGUGAACAAAGUGAUUCAGUUGUUGGCGCAGAAGUACUGUGGAGAGUCUAAAGCUUCCUUUGAGGAUCUCAGCAAAGUUAUCCAGAAAGUGCAGGCCUGUCGAAAGGAACUUGUGGCGUACGAUCGGAGUCAGCAGGAUGUUCACACGGCGAAGAGUGAUUCUCCGCCCAAUGAAAAUAUCGUGGCAGUCAACAGAUGCUACGGAUGCGCUUUGGCAUCGACGGAACACUGUCUGACUCUCCUGAGAGCCAUGUCGUCGAAUGUUGUGUGCAGCUUUGGGCUGUGCAUGCAAGGACUUGUGGAGGAAUUGGCGCAGAACAACUUGCGUCGUGGUACAGUUCAGAUUCAGGAUGAGGUGAGAUCGCUGCUCUGUCUGCUGACGCGUGACAACAAGGAUGCCAUCAAGAGUCUCUGCACGCUGAUCCACGAUCGCGUGAAGAUGGCUCUGAGUGGAACUGUGCCACUGGCGAACUUGGACACGGCUGUGCGCCAUGAAUUGGCUCUGCUGGAGGCUCUCGUGGCGCAAGAUGACACGCUGUGGGAGGAAAAACUGAAGACUGUUCUGCAUUUAUUCACACUGGCGUGUCAAGAUCCACGCGGUCCAGCCGUUGUGGUCAUUCAACCAUGUCUGCGGAUCAUUGAGACACUAAUCUGCCCUGCACCGCCAACGAGUGCCACCAACAAGGAUUUGUCAAUUAAGGACUUGUGCACACUUGCCUGCACUGAGGGUGUGACUGUGAGCUUCCAGGAGUGGCUGGCGGGGAAUGCUGAUCACUCCUACGAGGUGUGGAAGAAGAGAAUGCCGCCAGUGUGUGGUGAAAUGCCACCAGGAUCACCGCCACCCACAGCUGCAAGUCAGCAACAGCAGGGCAAUGGGAAGACUGUUCAGCGGAUGUUCAGGAUGAUCAUGGAGCAGAAGAGAUCGCAGUUCAGGAGGAGGUAUCUCUAUGAGAAGUACGGCAAGAGGUGGAGGAGCAAGGUACUCUGCAAGGGUGUUCAGCAGCCACCGUUGGAGUUGCUGCCUUCGUGGCUGCAGAAGAUCCUCUUCAAUCCCAACAGCAGGAUUGUGAGGAAGAUGGCAUGUGCACUGGUGACAUCGCUGUGUCGCUCUGGAGAGACGAAGAGGGAGAUACUGAAUCUGCUGACGGGAUUCCUGAAGUACAUUGGUGAUGCUGGUGAGGCGUGCGCAGAAUUCAUCUCGCUAUACAUUUCUCUGGCCGAGGAAACGCCGUGGCGACAAUAUCUCGCCCUCAAGGGCGUGCUAGUGACCAUUGCUGAUCUACUGGGGGCGGAGAUAGAGAAGAUCCAUCACCUCGAGGAGACGACACUAUCAUCCGACUUGGCGCAGGGAUACGCUCUGCAUCAGCUGGUGGAGUUGAUGUCAAUGUUCCUGGAGAAUCCGUUGAUUCGACAGUCAUACAAGGGAAAACUUCUAGGUCCAGUUCUCCAGGGAUAUCUGUCGCUGAGGAAGUUGGUGGUUCAGCGAACGCGUCUCGUGGAUGAUGCCCAGGAGAAGUUGCUGGAGAUGCUGGAGGAGAUGACAACGGGAACAGAGGAUGAGACUCGUGCCUUUAUGGCUGUUCUCAUUGAGACUGUGGAUAAGACACCCAUGAAUGACAUCAAAACACCUGUGUUCAUCUUCGAGCGUCUCUGCUCAAUUAUUCACCCUGAGGAGAAUGAUGUGAGUGAGUUCUUCCUCACGCUGGAGAAGGAUCCGCAGCAGGAGGACUUCCUGCAGGGACGCAUGCUGGGAAAUCCCUAUCCCUCGUCGGCUGCUGGCUUGGGACCGUUGAUGCGCGAUGUGAAAAAUAAGAUUUGCAGUGAUUGCGAACUGGUGGCGCUGCUUGAGGAUGACAACGGAAUGGAGUUGCUGGUGCACAACAAAAUCAUCAGUCUGGAUUUGCCGGUGAAGGAUGUGUACAAGAAGAUCUGGCUGGCUGAGGGUGGUGAGCGCGAUGGCAUGCGGAUUGUGUACAGAAUGAGAGGACUUCUGGGCGAUGCUACGGAAGAGUUUGUGGAGACGCUGAACAACAAGAGUCAGGAGGAGGUGGACAAUGAGCAAUUGUAUAGGAUGGCGAAUGUCCUGGCGGAUUGUGGUGGUCUGAGAGUGAUGCUGGACAGGAUUGUGAGUUUGCAGAACAUUUCACGGUCGCGAUCGCUGCUUCAGGUGUUGCUGAAGCUCUUCCUGCUCAGUGUGAAGGUGCGUCGGUGUCAAGAAGUGCUGUGUCAACCAGAAUUGGGGGCGAUUAAUUCGCUGCUGAAGGUGCUGCAGGUGUGUCUGCAGAGUGAGAAUGAUAGUCAACAGUCGGCUGUGACGGAGCAACUGCUGGAGAUCAUGGAGACAAUCCUGUCGAAGGCGGCAAGUGACACUCUGGACUCCUUCCUGCAAUUCUCCCUCACAUUUGGUGGGCCUGAGUACGUCCAGGCGCUGAUUUCCUGCACAAAUUGCACAAAUGUGCGCAACAAUCCGUCAGUUCUGCGUCAUCUCAUUCGCGUCCUGGCCGCUCUGGUGUAUGGGAAUGACAUUAAAAUGGCCAUUCUCUGUGAACACUUCAAGAUGACGCUCAACUUUGGGAAGUUCGAUGCCGAGCGCACGUCUGAGGACGAAUUCAAGAUGGAAUUGUUCUGCGUGCUGACAAAUCAGAUUGAGCACAACUCAAUUGGCGGAACGCUGAAGGACUACAUCAUCAGUCUGGGCAUUGUGGAGAGAUCUCUGAAUUACAUCACAAAGCAUGCGCCGUGCGUGAAGCCGACGCUCCUGCGAACGGAUUCGGAUGAGCUGAAGGAGUUCAUCUCGCGACCAUCGCUGAAGUACAUCUUGAGAUUCCUCACGGGUCUGGCCACGAAGCACGAGGCGACGCAGUUGGCGGUGUCGAAGGACAUCAUCCCGAUUGUGCACCGACUGGAGCAGGUGUCGAGUGAUGAGCAUGUGGGGAGUCUGGCGGAGAAUCUCCUGGAGGCGCUGUGCACUGAUCCGGCGACGGCGAAGCGUGUUCAGGAGGAGAGGGACUUCACGCGUGCGGAGAAAAAGCGUCUGGCGAUGGCGACGCGGGAGAAGCAGCUGGACGCGCUGGGGAUGAGGACGAAUGAGAAGGGCCAGGUGACGGCGAAGGGUUCGAUUCUGCAGAAGAUCGAGAAGCUGCGCGAUGAGACUGGGCUGUCGUGCUUCAUCUGUCGCGAGGGAUAUGCGUGCCAGCCGACGAAGGUGCUGGGAAUCUACACGUUCACGAAGCGCGUGCCGGUGGAGCAGUUCGAGGUGAAGCGCAAGACGCCGGGAUACACGACGGUGACGCACUUCAAUGUGGUGCACAUCGAUUGUCACAUGUCCGCCAUUCGGCUGGCGCGCAGCCGGGAUGAGUGGGAGAGCGCGAGUCUGCAGAAUGCCAACACGCGCUGCAAUGGACUGCUGCCACUGUGGGGCCCUGAGGUCACGGAGAGCGCCUUCUCGUCCAGCAUGUCGCGCCACAAUGCGUACAUGCAGGAGAGCACGCAGCGCUGCGAGAUAAACUUCCCGAAUGCCAUCCACGAUCUCAAGCUGCUGCUGAUGCGCUUCGCCUUCGAGAAGAGCUUCCACGAGGAUGCUGGAGGCGGCGGGCCGGAAUCCAAUAUGCACCUGGUGCCGUAUUUGGUGUUCUAUGCCCUGUACAUCCUCCUGUCGUCGCGGUCGUUCUCGCGUGAGGAGAAAACCCUCACGGCCUACCUGGGCCAGGGGGCGUCGGACAAGUGGCUGGAGUGCGCCUACGAGGUGGAGAGUCCUCUGUACCAGAUCACGCUGUCGCUGGCGCUGCACACGCCGAAUCUGUGGCAGCAGCACAAGGUGUACCAUCUGAAGAGGCUGCUGGCCAUCGCCCAGGCGCGCCACGUGAGUCCCAGCAGUGUGGUGAAGAGUCUGGCGGCGACGGACUGUGAGGAGAAGGACUACUCGGUGUACAAGCCGUAUCUGAUGUUCUGGGCGCUGGCGGAUCUCAUCUACAAGCACUUCUUCAAGACCGUGUCCACGCCCAAGGAGGAGGACUGGCCCAUUUCGCUCUUCGACUACCUGCGACGCAACGACGAGGCGAUGCUCAAGUCGGCGGACACAGUUCUGGCCACCUUCACCGAAGAGUAUCUCCCGUGCACUUCCCUGAUGGAGUUCUGCGACGUGGCCGGACUCUUGAACGACAUUGAGAACCCGAAGGUGUUUCUGGAGGAGAUUCUGGCAUCUCUAGCGUGAGAUUUUCACACAUAAUCGCAAAUUAUUCACGUGUAUUGAAAAUUAAUGGAUAUGGAUUAUAAAAUAUCAAUUAUCACACAUGCAGUUCAAUAAAUUAUAUCGCUUUCA